CACACAGAAUGACACAAAACUAGGUAGCAUGUGUUUUUAUCACCUGGUCUGCUCAGGGCAUGUAAGUAUCGCUCUACGCAUGCUGAAAUUCACACUCAAGAUCUUCUAUUGAACAGAGAAACAACUCAUCACCCGCGACACCAUGAGCCAUCACAGCAACUACUAUGGAGUCCUGGGCUACGGCUACGGAGGCUUUGGGGGCCCGGGCUAUGGUUGUGGCUGGGGAUGUGGAAGUUUCCCUGGACUGGGCUGUGGCUGGAGCUGGAGAAGCCACAGAUAUGGCUGCUGCCUCCCACUGUGUUAUGGAGGAUAUGGGUUCUCUGGCUUCUACUAAACGACUGUGCCAGUAAACCAACAUCUGAAAUUAUAAGGGACUUCCCCAAAUUGAUGUUCAGUAUAUGAACUUCCAAUAUCACGGUGGGAUAAUUUGCACGAAAGUAUUUGGCUUCUCAGAAUUUUGAAUUCUUCAAUUAAUGCCUACAUCUUCAACAUAACUCUAGAAUCUUCUUCUGUUUUGCUCUUAUAACA